AUGCACCCCCUCUCUGUUCUCAGCCUUGGGAUCUUCGUCGCCGGUUACAUCACCGCCCGAUGGGACCUGGUUACGCGCCUCUAUGAGCUUGCCAUAUUCGCUUGGGACUACGGAGUUGUUACACGCGCCGCCAAGGGCUUUGCGCUCCUGACCUUCGUCUACCUCCUCAUCUUUAUUCCCGUGGAACGUUUGGCCACGAAGGAGGCGAACCUGCGCUUGGCUGACAUGCCAGAAAAUGACGGUUUAAUGAGGAUAUUCUGGCCGACGGACAUCCAGCGCUCCGACCUGCCUGGCGUCGUUGUGGGAUGGAGGAACUCGAGCCUGGAUGUCUUCGUCGUGGCCAUACUCGACGACGUUGAUGUCAGCAUACCCUCUACAGCGGCAACCCUCGCAGCAAUUGACGAGUUCACAGGCCGGUCAUGUUGA